AUGCAUUCCGAGAUCGACAAACUAGUGAAAAGUUUGAACAAGGCGAUAAAAUUGCAUGACAAAAAGGGCGUGAAGAUCAAGUUUUUCAGCAGCGAGGAAUAUCAGAGAGCGCUCGGCCAUAUGAUUACGGUGAAUUCGGGUCGUGGUGCAAAUGAUAAACUUAACAUGUUUAAGAUUUUGGAGGAAAAAAUGGGCAAGGAAGGGCUGACAGGGUUAGCUACGACAAUUGCGGCGAAAGGUGGUGGUCAUGAUCAAAUGGCUGCAAGUGCGUUGACUACAUUUUUGAAGCAAUCCGAAGAGGCCAUGCCACUGUCGGGGGGGACUAGAACACUCGCAGACCGCAAAAAAGCAGAUGCCCUGAGGGUGAUUGUGUAA